GCCUGGGCCCUUUACAGUUGGGCGCGGCCUGAGUCUCAGGACUUGGGCUGUUAGCUGCAUCUGCGCAGGGCCCCCAGGUAUUCACAGCCCUAUUUGCACUUUACAACAAGGUGCACAUGAGCUGCAUUUGCGAGCCUACCUGGUCAGACAAUGGGGUGCUGAUGUCAGACCUGACAAUCGUGAGUGCAUCCGUCCGGAACCUUCUCGCAGUGAGCCAUGCUGCAAAGCAACUCUCCAUCCUGUCGGACCUGCCGAAGAUACUCCUGAGAUCAGCCAGUGAAAGCUACUCUUUCCUGGAACUGAAUGAACUCCAGUGUGUGGCAACCGGAUCACGGCACACGCUCGAUGAUUUUGCUAGGCAGACUCACGCGAUGACAUUCAUUUACAAGCCAAAGACAGGAAACAAGGUUCCCAGGAAAGUGUCAACUCAGGUUGCGUUUAGCCCUUUCGAGAAUGGAACGACACAUUUGCAGCCGAAAAGAACAGGUGAUAGGAAUCCAAUUUGUUCGAAGGUGGUGGAAAUCUGUGACCUUAUGCCGGGCACUGAUAGAAGACCGGAGCGACGUCAUGGGACAUUGACGGAAGUAUCGCGGGAUGCUGCUGCUUCUGCUGCAAUGUACUCCAGUAAACUUCGUUAUCAGCACUCGCAAAUGUUCCUUCUUCUCAUGUUAUCUGCCAUGACACUCUUCAGGCAUCUUGUUCAUCGCAGUCAGAUAGCUGCAGAGAAGGUGUUGGCGUCUGGGAUCAUAUGCUUUAUACGAUCUAUCUGGGAUUUCAUACUCAGUGAAGAGAACUUGUUUCAUGAAGUCUUGGCUUUUUUGUGCAAUCUGGCAUCCGCAAGUGUGAAAGGUGCAAGGAUGAUUGCUCUUGAAGGAGAGGAGACUUCUGAGAGUGGAUGGGGAGGUCAGAAAGGCAGUUGCUGCUCAAUUGCAUCGAGGGUUGUAUCACUUCUGGAGAGGGGUAGCAUUUGCAGGGCCCCUCAACAUCAACUGGCAACCAGUCUUCUUCGUGUCUUGGUUAUGGAAGCCACUGCAGGCCAAUUGUUUCUGAGAGGCAGAUUUCUCAGCGUGACUUGUAUGCAAGAGUUGCAAAGAGGCCUGAAGAUGAAGGAUUGGGAAAAGGUUGACGCUGUGCUAAAAAUUCUGCUCAAUGCCUCUGCCUCAAGGAAUGGACAACGUGUUCUGAUGCAGUCUUUGGGACAUCCAGGUUUCCUUGACAUGGAGUUGCAGCAGAUCGGUUUUCAGGCAGGAGGAAGUCUAGAGCAGACCUAGGCUUCCAACCUAGAUGCAGCUGAUUCGGACUGACGUCGGUGGUGCUGUGCACAACAUUGUUGUACAGGCUGGCGAUGAGAGGUAACUUCUCAUCCCAGUCAUCUUGGUUGGGCUUAAUGUAUGCCUCAACAAAUGCUGCACCACUCG